AUGAAAAAAUUCACGGGUGUCCAAAAAGUGGUCUCAAUUGCACAUCGUCACCGUGUCCCAGCCGCACCGGUCAGAGCCGUGCUCCGUCCCCCAACCAAGUCAAAGGAGGCUGAAAGAGGAGAGGCCCAAGAGAGAGAGGCGCAGGAGGUUGGGGUCCCAAGGGGCAAGGCGGAAAGAAAACGGCCGCGGUUCAAGGACAGGAUUGAAGAGGGACUGGGACGUGACGCAGUCGGAAGAGAUGUCAAAGUCUAUAAGAAGAAGAAGACGGUCAGGACGUCCGCCGGCGAGCUGCCCAUCUCGCCCAUCAUGGACCCCGAGUGGAUGAGAGCCCGGACGAAAUACAGGAUACCCAAGCCGAAGCCUAAAUCGAACACUAAACCCAAUCCCAGAGGCACCAACAACUACACGGAGGCGAGGCCGGUGAAGAAAUACUCGACGACAUUAUACUGGGACCCCAAAGCCAGAAAGACGAAGAUCAGAGUCCACAAAAGCCAGCCGAAUGGAGGAAGAUUUCGCGUUAAAUUAGAACAAAAUCCGUACGCCCAUGCUCUCGCCUCGCCCGUCCGCUUCUGCCCCGUCACGGCGGCCGUUCUGCCGAAAUACUUCCUCCAGAACUUCAAGGCCGUUACGAACCCCGAGACAAAGGACCACUGGUGGAUGCCGGGCGACGUAGAAGUCUUGUGGACACAGAAACAGGCCAUGGAGGCGUCUAAGAAGCCUGGUAAUGUGGAGGAUGGGUCAAGGAAGCAUCACGAGGAGGAGAACGGAUCCAAGAAGCAUGACGAAGAGGAGGAGGGCAGCGUUACAGCGUCAGAAACAACACGUCCAGAAAACCCACUCGUGGACCCUCUCUCAGCACAAAGAGAAACGGAACGGCUCUUCCAAAAAGCCCCGUCCGGCUACGUAGUAUCCAGGAAACCCAUCAUCGAUUCCAUGUCAGGGAAGCGCGGCAAGACGCCCUUCGGAGACCAGUGGAGGACGCUCCUGGGCAGGAACCAAAAUGUCAUGAACUCCGACGUCCCCAGGCGUCUGGUCUGGCGCGAGGAUAUGGGCGACUUCGUUCUCGAGAACAUGCGCAAGAACAUCAUGAAGUACAUCACCUACUACGUCGAGAUGGACGAGCAGAAACGGUCGUACAUCGAGCCCCUCAAGACAUGGCAAGACGUGCACGAGUCGGAGAAGCGGAGCUGCCUGCUGUGGCAUCAGGGAACAGACAGUUCCGCGUGGGAGGAGCGGGUGAAGCCGUUCGCCACUUAUGACGUCCCAGACGCAAAGUACGAAAAAAGCCUGCCCAUCUACGAUCUCAGGCGGCUCUUGGGUGUGGACUACUUUGCGAAGCUGAUGGAGAUACCCAUGUUCCGCGACGGGUCGCUGUUCGUCGUCAAGAAGAAGCGGUCGAUCCCGCUGCAGCUGUAUCUGUGGAAGCUAGAGGCGUACAUAGCUGAGCACCCCUCCGCAAAGGAACUCGCCGAGAAGGCUGAGAGUAAGCAGAAAGCAGACAGAGAGAGGGUAGAGGCCGAGCGCCGGGAGAAGCUCGAACAGGAGCAGAUCAAGCUGGAGGAUGAGACCAGAGAGGACUACUUGCGGGCCAAGGCCGAGCGGGAACAGAUUAUCAAACAAAGAAUCGAACAGGAGAUGCGCGACUUCGACAAGCCCAAGGGCAAAACACCAAAGGCAAAGCGCAAAGUCAAGUCUGCGACCAGAAGCAUAAUUAUGCCCACAGCUACAGCCACACCCAUGACCAAAGCCGACUUCACCGUCCAGCUUAUGGCGAAACCUCAAGCCGAAUCUACACCAAAGUCUUGGUGCAACUCCGUCAUCAAAUCCAUAGCCCCCAGGAAGCUCAGUAAAAAGGCCAAUGUCGACUCGCAAACCACGGCCAUAACUAAGGCCGGAUCUCCACCUCAACCUUGGGGCAGCUCCGCUAUCAAACCCAAAGCUACCGCCAAGGCCAUCAACCAGGCCGGUUCAACUACACAGUUUUCGGCCAAAUCUAAACUCGAAUCAAUACCCAAACCUGCCAGCAACACAGCCAGUACCAUAACCAACGCGGAUGCCAAAAUCGCAGCGCAACCCGUAGCCGAAGCCCCAAAGUCAAAGGUGAAGCUAAUGAAGCCAUUGUGGUAG